AUGUCGCUGGUUCAGAGACGUCUGUUUGGCAGUGCGAAGUUGCUCUGCUCGUAUGCCAAGUUGCUCAACAGACCGCAUUUCAAGCCCUUGAAGGAGACUUUAUCCAAGGUGGACACGGUAGAUGUAUCUGCGGCUAGACAAAUUGUAAAUCUGCUCGAGAAACUGGAUGUGUCGGCUCGGGACCAGGCCGCUGUUCACAACGACAUCCUCGCGACCUUGGUGAAAGACAACUAUGGUAUCUCCAAUGUACAUUUGAAGGCAUUGCAGGACCUCUCCGUGCAGCCUUCCAAGGAGGCGCUGCUAGAGUUGAUUAGGAGUAACCCUGGCAGGGUGGACAGCAGUUGGGACUUGUUCGUGAAGUACAGAGGUACUGAAGUCAGUGACGAUAUUGUCCACGCAGUGAUACAGAAGAUUAUCCAGAUGGAUCAAGCCAUGAUCGCUGAUGGGAAACAUAAUUUGGAUGUGAACGACAUUGCACAGAUCGUUAUCCUUCUGGAAUCCUUGAGCGACAAAACCGCACUAGAUCCACAACUAUAUGAGUCAUUUCUAAACGAUAUCUUCAGGGAACAACUAUCAUGCUUACUGCCACUAGCCUUAAGUUUAGCCGAGGUAGACUCUAAGGUACUCAAGGAAAAGCUAGUGGAUGCUACCGAUAUCCAGUUUAUACAUUUACUUGAAAAAAUUGAUCCUCAGAGCAUUGUAAAUGAUGAAGAACUCUUACUGUUGUCCUUAGAUAGACUCAAGCCUAGCACGUCCGCUACAGAGACAGAAAUAGAAACAAAAAAUAAAGGUCUCUUAUUAGAGGCCAUCGAAAAUGCUAGGACAGUAUCUAAACUACCCUUCGAACAUACAUUACUUGAUGAACCAUUAGAAGACAAAAAAGCUAAACUUUUCUCACAGAUUACUGGAGAAGUGCAGAACAAUAAGUUGGAUGAAACUAAUAUUCAACUUGCUUUAAAGCUUUUACGAAUAGUUGGUCUGGAGAUUGGGGAUGUGAAAUUAGCUUUGGAAAUGUACCAUAACUAUUUGAUCAAAUAUGUAUCUCACUCAGAAGAACUGAUGUUUGAAGCUUUCUUAAUGCUGUCGUACCAAGCGGUUAAAACAAACAACAAACAAUUACAGCAAUAUUCUGAAGCUUUUAUUCCUGCCAAUUUAGAUAUUCGAGACAGCCUUUACACCAAGUUUUUAUGCGGAUUAAUUUUAUCAAAAUCAAAAUUCAGCAUGGACGAUGCUUUAGAGCUGUACAACGAUAAAAACCAGGUUAUUAGUAAAACAGCGGACGAACACACUUUGAAGUCUCCAUUUGAUAGAGUAACCGAGUGUCUUAUCAUGGGUUAUAUGUUAAACAGGGACAUCGAUUUUGCUAGAGUCAUAUUCCAAGAAGCCAUGGGCCAAAAACUGUUUUCUGGUACCACGAUCACAAAGUCAAUAAAAAGCCAUAUGGCUGAAUAUGGUGAAGCUACCGAGAAGGGUACCAUACAGGAAUCGAUGGAAAAACGCAUUUUAGAUUAUUUAUGUUCUAUUUAA